CUCGUCAAGUGUAAAGAAGUCGAGGGGCCCUUUAACUUGUCGCAAUCUUUUGGUGAAGAGGCUUUGGUUUUGUUGUCAAUGUUUUUAUUUCUAAAUCUAAAUAUAUAGACGAGUAUUAUUGUUGUGCUGCUCUCAAUGAUCGGGACGUCUUCUUAGAGGGUGGCGGUGGUGUUGGCGGUGGCGUUGGUGAUGCUGAUGGAAUCCCGGCUGGAGGUUGCGGCUGAAGAGCCCUGGGAGCCUCAUCGAUGACUUGGGGGUUGACGGGACAGGCUGGGCGAUCGUCAUCAAUUGAUUGAUCAUCGUCGUCGUCGUGGUUAUCGUCGUAGUUAGUUAUUCGUCACGAAUCACCAUUGUCAUCAAUCGUCGUCAGUGGCGGCUGCUGCUGCUGCUGCUGCAUUGUCUCGCUAGCUCCGUAGGGAGCCGCUGUCCCAUGCAAUGGCUGCUCCGAGACCCUCGUCACGCUACGAAGCGACGCCUGGCUUCGGAAAGUCCCAGCUGCAGGUCACCGUGGUGAGCGCCCGGCUGCGGGAGGUCAAGAAGUCGCUGCUGGGGUCACGUCCGUACGUCGAGCUGGUGGUCGAUGGUCAGCCGGAGUCAUCCAAGAAGACGGACAAAGUGAACAGCGUCACCCACCCGCGCUGGGAUGAGCACUUCACCGUGCUCGUGACGCCGCACAGCAAGGUGGAGCUCCGGGUGUGGAACCACCACGCGCUGCGCUCGGACACGCUCGUCGGCAAGACCAUCGUGGAAAUCUACGAGGCGCUCAAGAGCAACGAGGGGAAACUGGAGAACGUGACCUUGAAGCAGACGCUGCGCGGGGACGUCAAGGGUCGCGUGGGCGGCGAGUGCGGGGACCUGGAGAUCUGCCUCGACGGGAUGAUCGUCAGCCUCGACGCGCUGCCCAACGGACGCCUCGUGCCCAACAAGCCGAUGCAGAACGGGGAGCUCGCGAGAGCGGACAUCGGCGCCGGCGGUGGCGGUACGUCAUCGUCUUCCGAAACGCCGGGCGACUCCACCGUGCCGGCCACCUCCCCCUCGUCGCCGCCAACCUCGUCCAGCGCUGCCAGGACCAGGCCGCGGUCGCAGCUGGACGUUUCGGCCACGAGCGGCGGCGGAGGGGCAGCGGACGAAACGGUCGCACCGUCGACACCCGGCGCCACGGGCCUGGCCACAACCUCCACGGCCGCGGCCUCCCCCUCCACGCUCGCAAACAAACUCAGGAAGCCUCCUCGGCCGACGAGCAUCCCGUGUAAUGUUAACGGCGACGCCGCGUCUCCCCCAUCGUCGUCGUCCACUUCCUCUGCGCAAGCCGCAGCUUCGGCGGCGACGGAUGCGCAGCAAGCGGCAACGCCCUCCGGCGCGCCGGUGGCGUCUGCGGCAUCGGUGGCGGCUGCCGUCUCGGCGGGCGCCGUCUUGGGGCCGCCAACCUCUCCCCCGACGCUCGCCGCCGACCAGCAGGGGCCGUCGCCGCCGCUGGCGCCGUCGCCGGCACCGCCGCCGCCGGCGCUGCCGCUUCAGCCGCCACCGCACACCGCCGGCUCCUCGUCGGAUGCAGACGGCGCCCCGAACUCGGAGGCCGGGCCGCCACCGCCGCCGCCGCCAAUACAGGCCGACGGCUGCCCCGUGGGGGAGAUGCAGAGUCCCGAAGUUUGCCAAGGCCCUCUGCCGGCCAACUGGGAGCAGAGGACAGACCCUCACGGGAGGACGUAUUACGUGGACCACAACACCCGCACCACCACGUGGGAGAGGCCGCAACCACUGCCGCUUGGGUGGGAGCGGCGCGUGGACCCGCGGGGACGCGUGUACUACGUGGACCACAACACGCGCACUACCACGUGGCAGCGUCCCACCAUGGAGUCGGUGCGCAACUUCGAGCAGUGGCAGAUCCAGCGCAACCAGCUGCAGGGUGCCAUGCAGCAGUUCAACCAGCGCUACCUCUACCAGACCGCCACUGCUGCGGCUGAGAAUGACCCCCUGGGUGCCCUGCCCGGAGGCUGGGAGAAGAGGGUGGAGCAGAACGGCAGGGUCUACUUCGUCAACCACAACACACGCACUACGCAGUGGGAGGACCCUCGGACACAGGGGAUCGUGAACGAGGAGCCGCUGCCCGAGGGAUGGGAGAUGCGCUACACAAACGAGGGCGUCCGCUACUUUGUGGACCACAACACGCGCACCACCACCUUCCAGGACCCCCGGCCUGGCGCCAAGGCUUCUGGGACCAAGGGCGCCUAUGGGGUGCCCAUCGCUUACGAGCGCAGCUUCCGGUGGAAGUUGGGGCAGUUUCGCUACCUGUGCCAGAGCAACGCUUUACCCGGGCAUGUGAAGAUCAGCGUGACGAGACAGACGCUCUUCGAAGACUCUUUCCAGCAGAUCAUGGCCAUGAAGCCCUACGACUUGCGGAGGAGGCUCUACAUCAUCUUCCGCGGGGAGGAAGGCCUGGACUACGGAGGCCUUGCCAGGGAGUGGUUCUUCCUGCUGUCGCACGAGGUGCUGAACCCCAUGUACUGCCUGUUUGAGUACGCGGGCAAGAACAACUACUGCCUGCAGAUCAACCCGGCCUCCAGCAUCAACCCCGACCACCUCGCCUACUUCCGCUUCAUCGGCCGCUUCAUCGCCAUGGCCCUGUACCACGGGCGCUUCAUCGACACGGGCUUCAGCCUGCCCUUCUACAAGCGCAUGCUGAGCAAGAAGCUCACCAUCAAGGACCUGGAGUCCAUCGACACGGAGUUCUAUAACUCCCUCAUCUGGGUCCGUGACAACAACAUCGAGGAGUGUGGGCUGGAGAUGUUCUUUGCGGUUGACAUGGAGAUCCUGGGAGAGAUCAAGUCACAUGACCUGAAGCCCGAAGGCAGCGAGGUCCAGGUCACGGAGGAGAACAAGGAAGAGUACAUCAGGCUGAUGUCAGAGUGGCGGUUUUCGCGAGGAGUGGAGGAGCAGACCAAGGGUUUCCUCGACGGCUUCAACGAGGUGGUGCCUCUGCAGUGGCUGCAGUACUUCGACGAGAAAGAGCUGGAGCUGAUGCUGUGCGGCAUGCAGGAGAUCGACCUCACCGACUGGCAGCGCAGCACCAUCUACAGGCACUACAACCGCAACAGCAAGCAGAUCGUGUGGUUCUGGCAGGUGGUGCGGGAAAUGGACAAUGAGAAGAGGACCCGCCUGCUCCAGUUCGUGACGGGCACGUGCCGCCUUCCCGUCGGAGGCUUCAACGAACUCAUGGGGAGCAACGGAGCGCAGAAGUUCUGCAUCGAGAAAGUCGGCAAAGACACCUGGCUGCCUCGAAGCCACACCUGUUUCAACCGCCUGGACCUCCCGCCGUACAAAAGCUUCGAGCAGCUCAAGGAGAAGCUGCUCUACGCCAUCGAGGAGACGGAGGGCUUCGGCCAGGAAUGACCCGACCGCUCACGCACGCAGACUCGCCCGCCACAGUCCGUGGCGCCCACCACCAUUGCGCCGUGGGGCCUGCUCUGAUCCGUGAGCGGCCGACCCAAGCGGGCGACGACAACCCGCCCGCUCGUCCCGUCCCGUCUUGCCCGUGCCGGCUGUGAACGGGCGCGUGGGGGGGGCAGUAGCCGAUGGAACGUCGCGUCGUUUCUCCGUCUGCUCGCUGCGCGGGAGGGCGUGGGGGCGGGGAAAGGCCGUCGCAAGGCCCAGGCUCGGAGGCAUCGCGACGACAACGAUGACAACAGUAGCACCGCCACCACCUUCAUCACCUUUACCGUCACCAUCCCUACCACCACCUCAAUCAUCAGCGCCACCGCCGCCGGUGACGCUACCACCGCCACCGCACCACCAACCACUGCCGACACGACCACUGCCGACACUUCUACCAUGCUCGCUACCAUCACCACCAGUGUUGUCAUCACUACCAUCACCACUGCCGUCGCCAUCACGACCACCGUUUGAAAUUGAGACGGGAGGCUUCAUUGCAAGUUAAAGUCAGGGCCCGAUUUAUCAUUGAAUCUUUUCUUUUUUUAAACGCCGGUCGAGCAGAGUGGGGUGGCACGCGACUGGCAGGAUGUCACGGCCGCAGCGAGAGGGAAAGUACGGGGGGUGAGGAGGGGGGGGGCGGUGCGUGCCAGGUGCGCGAAAAUAUUAACACCUGUUGAGGUGCGUCCCGAGCAGGAGCUAAUUCGCACGGGACGUGGUCUCUAACCCGGGGAUAUUUCUCGCUCGUGUCGGGGAAAUAAACGGUGGAACCCAGCAGCAAGGCCAGGGCUCGAGGGAGGUGCGGCGGGGAUGGGGAACGAUGGCGGUGUAAUCACGGGUGCCCGCUCGCGGCUUGCCGCAGCCACGCUUGCUGGCAGGCUCGCGGAUUGUAGCGCACGCCAACGCCGGGCUGGAGGCUUGUGAAAUACGACACGGGGUCAUAGCGCUAUCGCUGUGCACCGCCCCGUCACGACGUCAUACCCCCAUUGGUCUACACAACCCAGUCACGAUGUCAUACCCACAUCGCUCUACACAACUCCAUCCCAUCACUCUACACAACCCAGUCACGACGUCAUACCCACAUCGCUCUACACAACUCCAUCAUGACGUCAUACGCACAUCACUCUACACAACCCCAUCAUGACGUCAUACCCACAUCACUUUACACAACCUCGUCACGACGUCAUACCCACAUCACUCUACACAACCUCGUCAUGACGUCAUACCCACAUCACUCUACACAACCCCGUAACGACGUCAUACCCCCAUCACUCUACACAACCUCGUCACGACGUCAUACCCACAUCACUUUACACAACCUCGUCACGACGUCAUACCCACAUCACUCUACACAACCUCGUCAUGACGUCAUACCCACAUCACUCUACACAACCCCGUAACGACGUCAUACCCCCAUCACUCUACACAACCUCGUCACGACGUCAUACCCACAUCACUCUACACAACUCCGUCACGGCGUCAUACCCACAUCAAUCUACACAACCUCGUCACGACGUCAUACCCACAUCACUCUACACAACCUCGUCACGGCGUCAUACCCACAUCACUCUAAACAACUCCAUCACGGCGUCAUACCCACAUCACUCUACACAACCUCGUCACGGCGUCAUACCCACAUCACUCUACACAACUCCAUCACGGCGUCAUAACCCCAUCACUCUACACAACCUCGUCACAGCGUUAUACCCACAUCACUCUACACAACCCAGUCACGACGUCAUACCCACAUCACUCUACACAACUCCGUCACGACGUCAUACCCACAUCACUCUACACAACCCAGUCACGACGUCAUACCCACAUCACUCUACACAACCUCGUCACAGCGUCAUACCCACAUCACUCUACACAACCUCGUCACGGCGUCAUACCCACAUCUCUCUACACAACCCCGUCACGACGUCAUACCCCCAUCACUCUACACAACCUCGUCACGGCGUCAUACCCACAUCACUCUACACAACUCCAUCACGGCGUCAUACCCCCAUCACUCUACACAACUCCAUCAUGGCGUCAUACCCACAUCACUCUACACAACCCCGUCACGACGUCAUACCCACAUCACUUUACACAACCUCGUCACGGCGUCAUACCCACAUCACUCUACACAACUCCGUCACGACGUCAUACCCACACCGCUCCCCCCUCCCGCCCCCCGCCGCGGAUUGAAAGUGCGAUCGCUUACAAUGACCGCGCCGUUCCGCCUCGAAUCACUCCGUUGCUGGAGGUUUUUAUUUUCUCCCUCAACCUCUACCCCCCUGUGUGGUUUAUUCUACUUUUUGGCUACAGUCGAUUUGGCCUCCUCCGUGCCGAUAGUGGUUAGCUUAGCGCAGCGGAGACUAACUUAUAUACGUAUAGCAAUCGGGCAGGAAAUCUGAAACGUUAUCUUGGCUUUCGCUUGUUUAUUUUUCAAACGACUGUUCGCAGAACCCGAUUUAGGUUUGGUUUUCGCGAGCGUCUGAUGUGAACAGAGUAAAAAAAAAAGAAAUAACGCAGCAUACGUAGAGGACAAGUAAGACAAUCUGUUUGCAUCUUCCUGGAUUCAUGAUCAUAACGAGCAUCUUGUAACUUGGGCAUCCAUUAGUACCCGCGCUCCCCCCCCACCGGCACAGCAGUCGCUGCACAGCCAGGUUCUCCCUUACAACCUGGGAAUCCAUUUCAAAUGAAGCCAGCUUUGGCGAGAUGAACGUAGAAACAACAACAACAAACGUUGAAACGACGCGGAAGACCCGCCGUCGUACCACGCUUUCAUCGCCUACGCCCUGUAAAAAUUUGCUCGUUUUUAAACAUUUGAUCUCACUGGAAUUGUACUAUAUUUAUACAUAUAUAUAAAUAAUUAUACGGCGCGCCGCGGGGUCGCCGAGCGCGACUCCCCCUCCCCCGACGCUCCCCAGGCGACGUCGCGUUUCGUCGUUUCAUCUCGGAGCCGGGGCGAGGAGAGAGAGGCUCGCGCUGCGGGCAGUGGCCCGGGUCGAGGCCGCCGGCUCGGCCCCCCCCCCUCACCCCCCGCUGCCCCCCCCCCCCCCCCCCAACUCUGGAAAUAUUCGGAGGCGUGGACCCGGUCUCGAGAUCCCUAGAUCUGCAGAGGAGCUGCGUCCACCCUCCGCUACCCCCACCGCCCCCUACCGCACUCCCCCUCCCCCCGCUGCCCCCCCCCACCCUCCCCCCCACCCCUGAACCCGCUCCCAAGCUCUCUAGACGGACGGUGCAGAGGAGCUGCGUCCACCCUCUGCCAGAGGUCGCAAACGGGUUUUGAUUCCUUACCCGUACCCGGCCGCACCAGGGUCGCAAACGGCUACCCGUACCCUUACCCGGCCGGGUACGGGUAGCCGGGUAUCGGGUAGGGUACGGGUAUCGGGUACCCGGUUGCGACCUCUGCCUUCCGCUACCCCCACCCCCGCAAGGGUUGGUUAAAAUCGGCGCCACCGCCGUCACCUCGCGUUGUGAUCCCUUCCCGUUGUUCCUCAGCUUUCGGCAACAGCAGCUGCCAAAUCUGACGCGGCCAGAACGCCGGUCCGUGCCCUCCUCGCUCCCCCCCCCCUUCCAUCCGACAGAGAGGACCCGGUGCUAAGAGAUGCACGUGACCAACAUCCAUCAGGUGUGCUGGGAGUAGGAGGGUCUGGUGGCCAACCGUAGAGAAAGAGAGUCCUGAAGCUACCAGAUGGAACCUAGCGGAUAUGACCGAGCAGGUGGGCAGGGCCGAACCACGGAGAAGAGAGAUGGGUGAUCAGAUCCAACUGGCCACCGGUGGUGAGAUGUUCACUCCCCCGCCCCUCCGAUUUAGCACGGUUGGCUAUGUACGGCGCAAAAGAAGUUCAACAUACAUACGUACCUAUGCAGGAGGUUGUGGGGUUCGAUCCCGUCUCUGGCACCUGUAUAUUUGGAGUCUGCGUGUCUCUCUCUCUCUCUGUGGUCGCUUGGAUUUUUCUCUCAUGUCCUCCAGUUUUUUUUCUUCCCCCUCCACAUUUAGAAUCGACGUGCGAUCGGGGCAUUUGGCUGCUGUACAUUUCCCCGUGACGACGAGCCACUUGGUUGACCCAUCAAUUUCGGUGGCCAGGUCGCUUCUGAAAAAAGAGCUGUACGGCUCAGUGGUCCUUACCUGGUAACACAAAACAAAAUAGUUUAUCGUUUCAGAGAGGACUUGGUCGUAGUGUUCAGAACGCUUCUAACGUGGAUGUUGUCAAGCACACACACACCCCCCUCCCCCUAACUCCAAAUAAAUGUAGCAGCAGGACUCUC